CCUUCUUCCGAACUCUUCACACGUGUUUCAAGAUGGCCGGCCCGGAGGAUAAUCAGACGGAAGGUGUCGAAGUUGAGGAGGAAAACAAAGCCCUGAAGACCAAGAAACAUGACUCAGGGGCGGCAGAUCUGGAAAAAGUCACAGAUUAUGUCGAGGAGACGGAAAUAUCUGCUCAGAGCAUUGGAGAUGCGAUGAAAGCUGUAAGUGACAGAAAGGCAAAAGAACGUGCAGAAAGACAGGAGCGUGAAAGAGAACUAGCCAAGGUGAAGAUCAACAAGGAAGACGUGGAUAUUAUAGUGAACGAAAUGGAAAUACCUUCAGCUCAAGCUGAGAGAAAGCUUCGGGAAUUCAAGGGAGACUUGGUGGCUGCCUUAGUAGAACUGACCAACUGACCAUCGAUAAAAACAUGUGAAAAUCGUGUGACUAUUUCAAAAGACAGGAAGUGAGCUAUAGGUCAAAGGGAGGACAACUCACAGUACCCUUUCUGUGGCAGCAGGAACAGUGAAGAGUGACUGUCUUGUUUCCCUUCUGUGGCCAGUACUCAGCAAAAUCUGACCAACAUUUCCAACGAAACAAAGUUGUUUUUCUCAAUAUUUGUUUUGAUUUUGGUUACCAUUGAAGUUACUAUGUAUUUACCAAUCGCUAGCUCAAAAUUAAAAAAAUAUGUUAAAAUAAAAUGUGUGUAUAAAUUGAGACAAAAUGAUCCGUUAAUUUGACAUACUUUGAGUUGUUCUUUCAGAUGAAUUAAUUAGAUCUAGGAUUAUAGGAAUAUAAUUUAGCAAAUUUGAUGGUUAGAGAUACUAGAUUUAAGGGUUGAACAUCAGAGACUCCCUCCUUUAAUUGGGGGAGUUGGCAAGUGUGUGUAUGUGGUUUUCAACUGUUUGUCCAAAUAUAAUAUACUUAUAAAGCUGAAAAAUAUGUUUUAAUCUCCCCACUUCACUGCCUAGUUUGUCACUGGGACGAGGUUCAACAUGAAGCAGACCAUUCUAUGACAUGGGAGUAUUGCUGAAUUGUUCAUGGCUAUAGAUUUCAAACAUUUACUUGAUUUGAGUGUGAUGGAUUUACAGUCUGCAUGAAUGGGGAAAGUAUUGUUUGGUCUUAUAUCCAUUCAUUUUUAGAAAAUUAGGGAACAUUUUUACCUGUGGAAAUAGCCAGCAUUUGGCUGUAAAACAGGGCAAUACAUUUGCAAGUUUCUAAAUAGUUAAGACUUAUGUAAAAGUUUCUUUCCAUGGGUAGCAGAUGUAGCUUAACAUAAGGAAAUUGUUUAACAUUAAGACUUUAAAUUAAAAGUUAGUAUAAUUUAAAACAUCAACUGUACACAGUUAUAUGUUUUUGGAAAAUGGAGCCUAUUAUUGAGCUUAAUUUUUUUUGAAUAUUUCCUUCUCAGUUUAUAUAAUCAAAUGGAAAAAUUUACUUACAUAUUAAAGAUCCUUAUCCCAGGGCAGGUUAAACACUGGAGAAUUCCACUGAGUUUUUGUUUAUAUACAGUAGUCUCCCCUUAAAUUCUUUUUGGAUAUAACUAGCACAUUUUGAUUAGAACACUUUCAUUGACCAGAUAUACUCAGUUGAUUUAUAUGACAGAAUAACAAUCCUGGAGUAGGCCUACUGGAAUUUGUUUACGCUGUAAACACUUCCGUUGGUUAUUUUUUUAUUUAAGUCUCCUUGAUUAUUUUUCAACAAACUCCUACAAGGCUUGCGUUUUUUUCAGAUAUGGUUUAUUAAAGCUAUAAUCAUGCCAAAAAAAAUGUGUUUCAAAUAACUGAUAGCUACAGUAUUUGGCAGUGGUACAGAGGUCCUCAAAUGUACAAUGAUUAUCUCUUUAACUCAGUCACCCCUGAAGACACAUUUGAACUCUUUCAGUUCAAAGGUUAGAGUUCAUGAAACUUUAGGGAUGAAUGAGUUAAUGACCUAGUUUAAGUAUCUAUAGAUUCAGAACUUAUAUUAAAGGUGAAAAAAUAUAAAACAUGAAAAGUGUUCUGAGUGUAAAAAUACAUCAUUGGCAGACCAGGAUUUGAACCAUUGACCUCCGAUCAUUAUACCGUCACUCUAACCCUCAAAGCUACCUAGUUGAUUACAGUCUCCCAGUGAUUAAUCUAUAACUUAUGUCCAUGGGUCCUUUUCAACUGUACGCGUGUACUCAAAACAAUGGGUCCUACAAUGUUAAAUUUCAGUAUUUCUAGAAAUUCUAUGAGUAUAGGACUUGGGACUUGUAUGUAGAUUUAUCACUGGAAUUUUAUUUCAGCUUGGCUUCAAUUAUAUUCAAAAGUCAUUUCAGGGGAGGCUACACUAUUUAUGAUAAACUACUGUGAAUUUUCAUAUUUUUUGCCUGCGUAGGGACAAGGAUCCUUUAAGCAGAUAUUGAACAAAGUAUUAGAGAUACAAUGACAGGGUUCCUUACAAUGGAUUUUGAACAAUAAAUUAGAGAUACGUGUUUGACUUGAAUGAAAGUAAAUAAAAAGAUUAUAUUAUUUAUUUC